CAUCACUUCACACUGCUCUUUAGCUUCCAAGCGAAUCCAGUAGUAUCAUCAGCUCCACCAUGAAGUUGCUUAUCGUCCUUGCUGCCACCCUCGCAGUCGCCUAUGCGGGCACUGUCGAGCAUGCCCUUCAGGUCGCCGUUGAGAAUGGGGAAACCGAGGCCAUCCUCGAGCUGCCCCAAAUCAUGGCCCAAGUCGAGGCUAACCAGGCCCUUCAGUCCCUCACCGGUGACGCCAAGGUCUCUGCCCUGGUCUCCACCCUCCAAGGACUGACCUCUGCUGCCCAAGCUCCCUUCAUCGCUAUUGCCUCCUCCCUCGGACUCGAGACGGAGCAAUACUGGGCUUCCAACAUCGUCCUCGUCAAGGGUUUGACCGUUGAGAAAUUGGCCUCCCUCGCCGCCACCGCUGGAGACUUCACCAUCCGCAAGCAAAACAUUGCCACCAUCAACCCAGUCGUCAAGCACGCCGAAUUCGAAGCCAACUCCACCCAGAACCCACAAUGGGGAGUUGCUCAAAUCCGUGCCCCAGCUGCCUGGGCUCGUACCACUGGUGAAGGAAUCGUUGCUGCCAUCAUUGACACCGGAGUCAAUCUUGGACACACUGCCCUCAGCGCCGGAUAUGCUGGUGCCUGGUUGGACCCCUACUACAGCACCGCUGGACCAACUGAUCAACAAGGUCACGGAUCUCACUGCGCUGGAACCAUCCUUGGACGUGCCAACGGUGUUGGUGUUGCUCCAGGAGCCAGAUGGAUCGCUUGCCGUGGAUUGAACCAUCAAGGAUCAGGAACUGAGGCCGUCCUCACCCAAUGCGCCCAAUUCAUGCUCACCGCCAACCCACGCCCACAUGUCGUCAGCAACUCAUGGGGUGGUGGUUCGGGAGCCACUUGGUACAACGCUCAGGUCUCUGCCUGGAGAAACGCCGGAAUCGUCCCAGUUUUCGCCAUCGGAAACUCUGGCGCUUCCUGCCGAACUGCCAACUCCCCAGGAGAUCAACCCAACUUGAUCUCUGCUGGAGCCACCACCAACACUGACGCCAUGGCCACUUUCUCCUCCCGAGGACCAAGCACUGCUGGACUUCUCAAGCCCGAGGUCUCUGCCCCAGGAAACAACAUUGUCUCCUGCGGAACCGGUGCCAACAACUACGUCACCAUGUCCGGAACCUCAAUGGCCUGCCCACACACCGCUGGAGCCGUCGCCCUCCUCCUCUCCGCCAACCCAAGCUGGACCUUCACCGAGGUCUUCAACGCCCUCACCACCUCCGCAGCUCACCCAACUCUCUCCAACGCUGACAGGAACUGCGGACUUCCAGGAUCUGGGGACUUCCCCAACCAUGCUUUCGGUCAUGGACGUAUCGACGUUGCUGCCGCUCUUGGUCUUUAAAUUGUUCAGUUCAAAAGAUCAUUCCAUUAAUUCGAUUUCUCAUUUUCAUUUACUCGUACCUCAAUUGACAGUAGUCUAAAUUGACUCGACAAUACAAAAAAUUUUCCAAAAAUAAUCCAAA